GCUGGUAGAGGCAGCAGGAUGCCAAGGGCAGCAUGACACACGGCGUCCGUCCUACCGUCCCCUGACGUCGUCGCUCGGCCACGGCAACUCUGAUGGGCGUUUUUACCUUCCUUUUACCGUGCACGACGCUUGGAUAUUUUCGGAAGCCACAAAAUGAAGCGAAUGAAUGUGAGCAACAAGAAGUGUACUGUUGUUGUGCCUGUCUCCAGCAUCACGAGUCCUCUCUGUGGAUGCGGUGCCUCAGUGAUUUUUAGUUCUCUAUUUUCAGAGGAUUUUAUGUAGUGUUCAGUAGUGGACUACCCAACUUUUCCCCGCUUUUUGUUGUCUUUUUCGAGGUUUUCCGUCUUUGAAACAAAGAUUUCAGGAUAGACCAACUCCGGAAAACCAGCGACUUGACACCAGCUCCUGGCGGAAUAACCAUUGCUAGCGGUUAUUCGCCUUUACAAGCAUCUUCUCUGGGCCACGCUGGAAGUCGCCCCCCAUGUGGCCGUCCGGAGUGGGGAGCAGGCAGCCCUGCCCGCGGGAGUCAGCGCUGCGCAGGUCAGCCAUCAGCGGCAACAUCAACGCACUGCCGCCGCACCACGUCCCCACCGGCCGCAGCAUCCGAGUGUUCAUCUGUGCCAACCCCGACGACACAGAAGCAGAGAGGAACGCACUGAAAGAACACGUCUACCCCAAACUACGAGACUUCUGCAGGGAGAACUAUGGCAUUGAAUUCCAGGUGGUGGACCUGUACUGGGGUGUAGAUCCAGAGGAGUGGGACAGUCCAGAGCUACAGCGACUCCGAAUGAAGCUCCUGGAGGAAUGUCUGAAAACCUCAGCGGGACCUUGUUUUGUUGGUCUGGUGGGAGAAAAGUACGGCAGCAUUCGUGUGCCGGGGGAGGUGGAAUCAUCAGAGUUCGAGAUGAUCUUGGAUGCAGCAGUAGAGGCGGGACUGGACACACACAUCUUGGAAGAGUGGUACUGCAGGGACGAAAACUCGGUGCCACCGGCAUACUACCUCAAACCUAAAGCCCAAAUGCUUAAGAACUACCAGAACUCUAUGGAGUCAAGCAGCGCAGCCAAAACCAAGAAUGACAAGGCCUGGAGGAACGUGUCGGAGGAGAUCAAGAGGAUCUUCCGAACAGCGGUGCUGCAGCUUCAAGAGAAGGGGACCAUGAAGAGCACUCAGGCCAAGAAAUUCCUUUGCUCUGCCUUGGAGGAUGAAUUAGACUUUGCACUUGGGAAACAAACUCCUGCCUUUCUCAGGAAGUGCGUCUGCUACAUCCGCAAGAUCUCCAACUUCGACCGAUUCGCCAAGCUUCCGGAGAUGGCCAGAUACAUGGACAUCGUGGUCAGCGGUGAUCGUGUCAUGCGCAACCAGGAAGCUUACGAACGCCUUCUGAAGGUACGGGAUGAAUUCAUCCCAACAGUUGUUGCUGCCUCCAACCUCCGUGUCUAUUCUUCAGUCACCCACUGCGACAUGAAGCUGGGCUAUUCCCAAGAAGUGGAGAGCCACUAUGUGGAAGGCCUGUGUAAACAGUUCUAUGAGGACAUGGUGGACAUCAUCCAAGCCACAGUCCAGCAGAACUUUGACACGGAGACGGACCUACUGUACGACGAGAUCCUGCAGCACCUCUCCCUCUGUAAAACCUUUGCAGCCCUCUACGAGUACAAGACAGAGUCACUGGAUUGUUUGCAAGAGUAUCUUAUGCCAUCCAAGGGCUGCAGGAUGAGCCCUCUAGUGGUGUACGGGGGGCCCUGCACCGGGAAGACACUGCUGCUCUCUGAGGUUGCCAAACAGGCCUACACGUGGCUGCAGAAAGAGAUGGGCCCUGAAGCCGACCCGGUGGUCAUUGUCCGUUUUAUUGGUUCCACCCAGCUUUCCACAGAUCUACGCACCCUCCUCCAGAGCAUCUGUGAACAGAUUGCAAUAAACUACCGCUGCCUGAUUCACUUUUUGCCUAACAAGAUCCAGGAAAUGAGAGAACUCCUGAUCAACCUUCUAGGAGAAUCUUCAUCCCACAGGCCCUUGGUCAUUGUCCUGGAUGCCCUGGAGCAACUCUCAGAUGCUGAUGAAGCUCGCAAGCUAUGGUGGCUCCCCAUACACCUGCCUCGGACGGUCCGCAUCAUAGUCUCGACUUUGCCCAAUAAGCAUGGCAUCCUGCAGAAACUUCGACACCUUACGCAUGAUGAGGGGUAUUAUGUGGAAUUAAUUCAGAGAGACCGUAAGGUUUGCAGCCAGACACUAAAACAGCAGUUGCUAGGGGUGAAGAGGAAAGUCACGUCAGGCCAACAGAUCUAUGUCAACGAGGCACUUGCCAAGUGUACAUUACCUAUGUUUGUCAACCUCAUCUACAGAGAAGUAGUUCACUGGAGAUCUCACAAAGAUGUGGAUGACAGAUCCCUGUGCUCCACAGUGCAUGAAAGCAUAGAACAUCUCUUCUACUCAGUGGAGAACAAGUUGGGCCAACGUUUUGUCUUCAGAGCAUUAGGGUAUAUCACCAUGGCCAAAGCUGGGCUAACUGAGGUUGAGCUGGAAGAUAUUCUGUCUCUUGAUAACAUAGUUCUUGGUGAUGUCAUUGUGGCAACUUACCUCAAAAACCCCUUGAGGAUCUCUUAUGACUUGGUUGCAAAGCUCAAAGAGGAACUGGAGGGAUAUUUGGUGGAACGUCAAGUACGUAACAUCACCCUGAUGGUCUGGGCCAACAGGCACCUGCAUCUCAUUGCUCAGAAGCUGUAUCUUAGCAAUGAGGAGGAUGUGCAUCAAAUGCACAGCCUCCUAGCUGAGUACUUCCUGGGAGCAUGGUCAGGAGGCAGGAAGAAGAUCUUUACUUAUGAUAACAACCAUUUCACUUCCCUCAACAUAUCUCAUCACAAAAACCCCCACCAUCAACAGUCCCAUGAAAAAACAUCUUCUGACAAGUACUCUUAUGACAGGCAGACUCCCGAGCAGCCUUGGGUGUUCCAGUGCAACCUUCUGGAGCCUGACAUUUUCUUUGUCAACCACAGAAAGAUGACAGAGCUGCUGUACCACCUUACUAGGAGUGGGCGCACUGAUGACCUCAUGUUUGGUGUGAUCAUGAACUUCAGCUGGCUGUACACAAUGAUCAAGAUUGGCCAGUUUGAAAAAGCUCUGACAGACAUUGACCUAGCUUACAGUUACACCCAAGAAAAAGAACUGAAGUUCCUGGCCAGCACUUUGCGUAGCAUCAAGGUUAACGUGCUAAAGAACCCAGCAUCACUUUCUGCAGAACUGCAGCAAAGGCUUCUGCCAGUUGUCACCUCCCUCCCCAAGCUCAGACAUCUUCUCCUGGAGUGUGACAAAGAUGGCCCAAAGUACUGCUCUAUUGUACCUCUCCACUCCUCUAUGGAUGUCACUUACAGUCCAGAGAGACUUCCUUUGUGCUCUAGCUACAUGCAAAUUGUAGAGAUCUUGCCCACUUUAGCUCCAAACAUAGUGCUUGUAGCCCUAGAAGAUGGGUCUGUCAGCACCUGGGAUGUAGAGAGCAGACAACUUCUAAGACAGAUUGACACAGCCAAAUCUGUUGUGCUGGGCAUCAGGCUAACCACUGAUGAGAAGUAUCUGGUCGUGGCCACAACCAAAAACACGCUGCUCAUAUAUGAUAAUCACAAGUCCUGCCUUUUAUCUGAGGUAGAAAUUAAGGGGUCCAAGCAUGGUGGUGUUACUGAUGGGGUGGCUUUCAUUAAUGGUUUUACUUUGUCUACCCAUCAUGCCUUGGCUUGGCUUGAGGCUAGUAAAGACGUCAACGUCAUUGACCUACUGUAUGGUUGGCCUCUCUACCAGUUCCAUUGCUGGUACGAGGUGACUUGUGUCCAGUGCUCUCCAGAUGGAAUGUAUGCUUUUUGUGGCCAGUACCUCAACACUGCAUCCAUUUUUCAUUUGGGAAAUGGGGACAAGUUGGCCACCGUGACCUCCAAGUUUUCUGGAGGGUUUGUAAAAUCCCUUCUCGUUCUGGACACCCUUCACCAAAUGGUGAUGGUUGACAAUGAAGGUAGUUUGUCAGUAUGGAACACCAAAGAGAUCACCAAUCCAAAGUUGUUGGAGGAUUAUGAUUGUAGAGGGGAUGAAAGUGAAGUGGUGGGCAUUGAGCUGUCUGAAGACCAGCGUUCCAUUCUCAUUUGCAAAGCCAGAAGUAUUGAGGUCCUGGACACAAAAGUAUGGAAAAUGGUUGAGAAGUUCAAAGCCAAGCGUACUGAACGCUUUGUGGCUGCUGUCCUCUCAAAGAAUGGACAGAGCAUUGUGGCCUCCAUGGAGAACACCUCCUCCAUUUUUGUCUGGAGGAGGGACAGUGGGCAGUGCAUGGCUAGCCUGAUUGAGAUCUCAGGGGCCAUCGUCAAACUCAUUAAAUCAGUCCACCACAACCUGCUGCUAUCUGUUGCAAGCAGUGGAGUGCUAUCUGUUUGGGACAUCGAUAUCAUCACUGCCAUGUCCAAUAUCGACAAAACAGGCAAGAAGAUCCAGACCUUGCAGUUGUCUGGCAGAGAGGAUUAUGUGUUUACCAUGGACGGUUCAGAAGCUGUCCACAAGUGGAACUUCAACACUGGCUUUAUUGAGACAGUCUUCAAACACGAGGGCCUAGUGGAGAACUGUGUCCUUACCUCCUCAGGGGAUCUAAUGGUGACUUCAGAUGACAAGUCCAGUCAGUACAUUUGGCAAACCAGCACCGGAGAAAACAUCUUCCGUAUCAAUGGCCAGAGAAUAUCACAACUGCUAAUCACCCAUAAUGACCAGUUUGUGGUAUCCCUCUGUGAGCAGAAUGCCUCCAGGGUCUGGAGACUCGCGACUGGCCACAAGGUGUGCAACAUUUUAGUUACCCUCCAGAAUGCCCUGAUCACCACAGCAAACACCUUUCUUGUGGGAACCUCCAAAAACAAGCUCCUCGCUGUCAGCUUGUGGUCAGGCAGUGUAUCCAAGAAGUUUGUCUGUGAUGACGGUAUUACCAUCAUCAACUUCAAGCUCAUUCCGGACUGCCCUGACUGUGUGGUGUUCAUCACAUCCACAGAGACUGUCUUCAUCUGGAGUGUUGCAGAUGAGUCGGUUUGUAGGCGAGUCCAGCUGCCAACCAACUUCCUCAAAAACUUGGAGGACUUCCAGAUCUCACCCAAUGGAAAACUUGGAAUCGUCUCCAAAGGUGAUGAGAAUAUCAAUGUCCUGGACCUUCACAGUGGGAAGCUGAGACUUGUCCAUGCUGCUGGUGUAAUCUGGCGUCAAAAAUUAUCAAGAGAUGGACGCUAUCUAGUAUACAUCUGUUUCCGGAACUGUGAUGAAGACGACGAUGCUGGUGUUGUGUCCAAUCUAAUUGUGAUGCGCCUUGCUGAUGGUAAGAGCAUUGGCACAUGCUCGCUGUACAAGACGCCCACUUUUUUGUCUCUCUCCCAGCGAGCACUAAAUAUCAUCAUUGGCUUCGAGGACGGCAGCAUUGGCACUUACACAGUAGUGGACCGUGUGGAUGCUGCCCUCAAGAUAAAAAUAGCCACCUCCAACAGCCGACACAUUGUCAACAACGCCUCACAGAAGGUGCGACCCAAGUGUGGCAACCAUCCGUAUAAGACUGUCGCUGACUGCAUUUGGAGAGAGUCAACAGAGGUCUUCUCCAGGGACAGCCCCAUCAAUGUGUCAGACUCUGGAGAAGGUGAGUCAACCACACCGACGAAAAAGACUGAACUCUCACAGUGAUAGGUAGAUAAUACAAAACGAGCUGAGUUAGGACAGGAGGGUGGAGAUAGGUAUUAAUGUUUAGAAUCUCUGGGGUAGCAGUUGAUUCUUGUUUACAGCCACGUGAUUCAGCUGCAGAUGUCAGCCCUCUGGGUAGUUAACAGGCUGACCGUUUUAACGCUGCACUCAAAUUAUGUACUACACACUUCCAACUUAUGUUACAGUUUGUUUGUUUUACGCAUUACGACUGUUAGAAGAACACUGUUUUUGAAGAAAACAAAAAUGUAAAUUCUGUGAGCUAUUAGUUUGCCAUUAUGUGUCCUUUUGCAUUUGAAGAACAAAGUUAUUAUCUGGAUGUCCUGCUCAAACACUUUCAAAGCCAUUCCAGUGAUCUUAACCACUUUCAUUGUACACCAUCUUUAUUUACAUUGUGCACAUUAAGCCAUAAUGUUGUUCUUAAAAGGGUAUAUUUAUGUUUGUAUUUACAUCAGUUGGUACUGUACAAAAAAGGAAGAACUAUGAACAUAUGUACAUAUCUCUUUUUGGCUGCUGCAAUUUGUGCAACUCCUUAAAAAAUGUUAUGUUGUGCUUAAUGCAAUCAAAGUGAGUGCCUGGAACUUCUUUAUGUGCAGAUUACAAGAUUUAUAAAAAUGCAGGGAAUUUGUAAACACCUUAUACACAGUUACAUACAUAAUACUUGCAUUGACGUUAAAUUUAGACGAUCGGCGUCCUGAAAUUCGGUCAACAAUACAAAAGAUUGAUAGCAUUGCUCUCUGUAAUGACAGAGAAAUUUCUUGGAACAAUGUAAGUAAAUUUGAUGUGAAAUUCCCUGCGGUUCCAUCAGUUUGUGCGCUGUUCGUUAUAAGGGAACCACCACUAUUGAGCAUACAGUGUAGCAUAGCACCAUACACAGUCGCGCCUUAACCAGUGUAUUUGCUUUAGGUUUAGUGGAGUUUGUUCAAAUGUUCCAGUAGAAGAGAGAUUAGCCCAGUGUUUCACUGAAACAACUUGGCCAUGUGAAUAUAUUUAGAGGUUUAUACUACGUGGAAGCACUUUCAGUGGUUUGGUAGAUAGUGUUAGAUUUAUUUAUAUGAAACACUGUAUAACUUCUUUAAAGUGAUCUAGAGUUGUAGUAAAACAGGUACUGGACUUGCCUACGAAAACACAAGACCAUCCAGGUACUUGCAGUCUACAGCUGGCACACUUGAAAUGCUACAGUCGCUUUAUGACUGGUAUCAAUACAAAAUUAAAACAAUCAUCUUAAAAACUCACAGCAGAGUCAAGCAGUUUGGAAAGUGUGGUAUCAAAUAAAGUGUAAUAAAGGUCUGAGCAUGUGAAGUGAUGUUCAGAGACAAGUUCACAAUCUCUGGUUGGAUAUCAGCUGUUGUAAAUCUGUUUUUUAAAAAACUGCAUGGAAAAUUCAAGAUUGUGAAUUUUAAAAGCAGAAAACAAGUUGGCUCUUCACCAUCAAUAGCGACAAAAAAGUCAACAUUUUGUCAAGACAAAUUCACAUGAUUCUUUGCACAACCUCAUAUGUUUUGCACAAAUUUUAUUUAGACAUUAAAAAGAUUGAUACACAACCACAGGGUUAUGACAUCAUUUCACAAACUCUAAACUUCUCUGGCCCCUAUAUAAGGCCCUGUGUAAGUGUCUGACCCUGAUAACACCAAGACAGGCUGACACAAAAGUUCUUAAAGGAUCAUUUCAAGUUAUCUUAUUACUAUUUCCUAAAAGCAUGGGUCGUGCUAGCUUUCCACUUGCCACCUGUUUCUGUGUUUACUUUCAGUCAGACUUGAAAAGAUUCAUAUAAAAAAAAUCCUGUGCAUUUGGUGAGUGCAACAUUAGCACGGCCCGUAGAGCCACAACGGUCACCUUUAUGGGCUCUACACUGGGCUGAAAUAAGCUGGAAUGAUCCUUUGAGGUCUGGUUCCCUGAGCUUGUACCUUGCAGGUGUCGUUAUAACUUUUUUAAAUCAUGUCAGAACUCAAAACUGUGUGUUCUGCAGUUUUGUGCUCCAACUCCAAUCACCUGCCAGGCAUGAUUGAAACAAGUACCACACACUUACACUUUGAUAUAUACGUUUUAAGGGCUAUUCUGUCUUACUGUAAGUUUACUAGUUUUGAACUGUUGAGAUAAUGGCCCUUGGGAUUAUUUCAAACUG